UACAUUUGUGCAAAUUUUUCUCUGUAAAUUUUUAAAUUAUUUGCGGUGUUAAAAAAAUUCGCGAUAAACACAAAAGUGGAAUUAAAAAAUUGUUGAGAAAAAGAAGAAAUAAAAAGUUUGCCGACAAAGUGAAACAAAGGAAUUAAACAAAAGAGGAGAAAACUGUCGAAAAUUUGUUACGUCGCUUGGCUGAAGUGUGAAAUAUUAAAAUUUUACAAAAAUAAAUUUUUGAGAGAAACAAUCAGCUUUGUUACUGUAAAUGUGCACACAAUUUAUUUGAUUGGUGCCUUUCUGCAUCAUUGGAUAUAUUUUAACAGAGUCUAUUUUGGCAAAUUGAAAACAAAUUUUUGUGACAUUAAAGCUUUUAAAAUUGCAUAACGUAGCACCAGCAUCUGACAUCACAAAACGAUGGAUCCAUCAGUAACAGAUAAUCACGUUCAGCAAUAUGGCGAAGUCAAUCAACUAGGAGGAGUUUUUGUGAAUGUAAAUAAAUUUAUGCUUGUUGCUUACAUGAAAAAAGGUUCUUAUUUUAUUGUAUUUUCUAUUUAAUUGUUUAUAAUCAGGGUCGACCAUUGCCAAAUGGAACAAGAAUGAGAAUUGUAGAGCUAGCACGGUUAGGCAUUCGACCGUGUGAUAUUUCUAGACAAUUACGUGUCUCACAUGGAUGUGUUUCAAAAAUUUUAGCUAGAUAUCAUGAAACAGGAUCUAUUUUACCUGGUGCCAUUGGGGGAUCAAAGCCACGUGUAACAACACCAAAAGUUGUGAACUACAUCCGAGAACUGAAGAUGAAAGAUCCAGGCAUUUUCGCAUGGGAGAUAAGAGACCGGCUACUAGCAGAUGGCGUUUGUGAUAAAAAUAAUGUUCCUAGUGUGAGCUCAAUAUCUAGAAUAUUAAGAAACAAGGUGACAAAUCACCAUCACCAUCACAAUCCACAAAUGACACAUGCUCAUACGCAUCCACAUUUAUAUAAUUCAAUAUAUCCAACAUAUCCAUACGCAACACCGCCAUCAAUUAAAAGUGAAAAUUCGCCAAACACAUCGUCAUCGUGUGGCAGUCCAUCACCACCAAAUAAUUUAUUAUCGCGAAAUUGUCAUCACUGGGCUCCAUUAUCACAUCCAGCAGCUAUUACACACUCUGUGAAUGAUAUUUUAAGUUUCAAUCAAAAAUACGGACAGCCACAAACAUCACCGCAAUUAGCAACUUCAUCACCAAUGAUGAAUUCACAUGAUACGUCACAAAACUCUCAUACACAAAAUUAUAAUUAUUAUAUGUACUUUCAAAACACUGCCAUGCAUGGUGGCAGCAAUGGAAUCCCAACCGGUGCAAAUUUAUAAAAUUAAAAUUUAUGUUUAGAAUUUUUUUCCC